GGCCGGGCACCUGCAAAUAACCUACUCCUCCCUCUUUCUCUAGGGCUCUCUAGAUCCUCAACACAUAAAUGCAGUGUUGAAGUCGUUCUGUUGUUAAUUAGUUUUCUCCAUCUCUAGGGCUUUUUACUAGCGAAUCAACAAGGAUGGGGAUGAGCGGAACGGAACCGACCGGCGGCGGCGGCGAGGGGCUGAAGAGGAGGGGGUGUUCGUGCGGAAAGAACGAUUUUCUCCCGGAGGAGUCGUUCGAGAGCUGGGGCAAUUACGCCAAUGCGCUCCGGUCGACUCCGGCGAGGUUCAAGGACAGGUUCUUCACGCGGUCCUCCGACAGCACCGAGCUGGUGGAGGUGAAGGCGCGGAGCCAGCACGAGAUGAAGAAGACGCUUAACUGGUGGGACCUCAUCUGGUUCGGGCUCGGAGCUGUCAUCGGCGCCGGAAUCUUCGUCCUCACUGGACUCGAGGCCAAGAAACACGCCGGACCCGCCGUCGUCAUGUCCUACGUCGUCUCCGGCGUCUCCGCCUUGCUCUCUGUUUUCUGUUACACAGAGUUCGCCGUCGAGAUUCCCGUUGCAGGCGGCUCAUUUGCCUACCUAAGAGUGGAGCUUGGGGACUUCGUGGCCUACAUUGCAGCAGGCAACAUCCUUCUCGAAUAUGUCAUAGGCGGGGCGGCGGUUGCGCGUUCGUGGACCUCCUACUUCACCUCCCUAUGCAACCAGGACGAUUCCAAUGCUUUCCGAAUCACUGUCCACGGUUGGUCGGAGGACUACAAGUACCUGGACCCCAUCGCCAUUGGGGUUAUCAUCUGUAUCUGCAUACUCGCCGUCUUGAGCACAAAGGGCUCCUCGCGCCUCAACUACGUCGCCUCCAUAGUCCACGUCAUCGUCAUUCUCUUCAUCAUCAUAGCAGGUCUCACCAAAGCAGAUACUGACAACUACAAGGAGUUUGCCCCAAAUGGUGCUCGCGGCAUCUUCCAAGCCUCGGCAGUUCUCUUCUUUGCAUACGUUGGAUUUGACGCCGUUUCAACCAUGGCCGAAGAGACCAAGAAUCCUGCUCGAGACAUCCCAAUAGGGCUGGUUGGGUCCAUGGUGAUCACCACCACGCUUUAUUGCUUGCUAGCCGUGACACUCUGCCUUAUGGUACCAUAUCAGGUAAUUGAUGUGGACGCUCCAUUUUCAAAAGCGUUUGAGACCGUUGGUAUGGGUUGGGCCAAGUAUGUGGUUGCAGCUGGAGCUCUAAAAGGCAUGACUAGUGUUUUGCUCGUCGGGGCAGUGGGUCAGGCCCGGUAUUUGACCCACAUUGCCCGAACCCACAUGAUGCCCCCAUGGUUUGCUCAAGUUGAUGCCAAGACAGGUACUCCAGUCCAUGCCACAAUUGUCAUGCUCGCAGCCACAGCUGUAAUCGCUUUCUUCACCAGCCUCGAAAUUCUUGCUAACCUUCUCUCCAUUUCUACGCUAUUCAUCUUCAGCCUCGUUGCCAUUGCUCUACUCGUACGCCGUUACUAUGUAACCGGCGUGACCACGGAUGCAAACAGGAAUAAGCUCAUACUGUGCAUUGUUAUGAUUCUCGCGGGUGCAAUUGCCACUUCUGCUUACUGGGGUGUCAGCCAUGAUUGGGUAGGGUAUUGCGUGACGGCUCCUAUUUGGUUCUUGGGGACUUUGGGGAUUUGGUUUCUUGUUCCACAAGCAAGGAGUCCAAAGCUUUGGGGGGUGCCAUUGGUUCCAUGGUUGCCUUCACUUUCGAUUGGCAUCAACAUUUUCUUGCUUGGUUCGAUUGAUGGUGCUUCUUUUGCCAGGUUUGCAGUAUGGACUGUGAUUAUCUUAGUUUACUACAUUUUCUUUGGGUUGCAUGCUUCAUAUGACACAGCAAAGGACUCUGAAGCUAAAAGGCUCGAGGGUGGGAAAUACGAGACGAAGGUUGAAGGAACUAAGGACUCUGGUUUGGAUGGUGCGUAUAGCAAGGCCUCUACAGAACCUGCUAGUUAAGAACUUAAGAUAGAGAGAGGUUUGAUUUGUUUGGUGUGUCAAAAAAUUCUUGUUGGUGUGUAAUAUUUUCUACUUUGACAAUUAAUUAGAAGCAUUUGUUCAUAAAUAAUAUAAUUUCUAUUAGCAAAUGUUCAAGUACAUGCCUUUUACCUUUUUCUA